UGGGGAGGUGGCCAGCAAGAGGAGGACCUGGCAAGGUCAAACUGCCGGGUUCCCAGACUCCAUAAAACGGGGUGUUGAGGGGGCCUUGGCAGCUGCCCCACCAUGACCUCCUGGGUGCUCCUGGUCCUUGUCUCGGUGCUCCUGGGUGCCCCAGGUCUGGCCUUUUCUGGUCUGAUCCCUGAGGAUUCUGAUGGAGCAACAGCCCACCUGUGUGAUGGAGAGCCCCUCUUCCAGGGCCUGGCCCCACAGGACCCCCGGGGUGACCUGCAGCCCAGAGGAGAGGGGUUGGGCUUCAUCUGUUACUCUUGUCAGAUGAUAAUCCAGAAGGUGGAGGACCUGGUGGGAAAGCAGCCCACCCAGGACACCAUCGCCCAGGCUGCGUCCCAGGUGUGCCAGAAGUUGAACCGGCUGCUGCGAGGCCUGUGCAAGAAGAUCAUGAAGCUCUUUCUUAACCGCAUCUCCAAGGACAUCAUUGCUGGGAAGAAACCCCGAGAAAUCUGUGUGGACCUCAAGAAAUGCAAACCCAAGGCAGGUCUCAUCUGAGCCUCCGGGUCCCCUGACCCCAUCCUGGAGGAGAAGCACAGAAACUCCAGCAACCUUAGCCGGCGCCUUCCUUCCUAAAUCCAGAGUCUACCCUCAAGUUCCUCUUACCUAACUGCUUCCACCGCCUUCCCCUCUCCAGAGAAUAAAGUGGCAUGCACAA